AUGCCGAUGAAGCCCAUAAAACGUGGCUAUAAGGUUUGGGUACGUGCAGAUGAAAGUGCUUUUGUGUGCGAGUUUCAGGUUUACGUAGGAAAAUCAGAUAAUAAUCAGUCGGAGAAGUCAUUAGGAUCAAAGGUGGUGAAAGAUCUAACUCGAACAAUUGUCGGAGAUAAUCACCAAGUAUUCUUCGAUAAUUUUUUUACCAGUACUGAACUUAUGAUUUCCUUGAAGACUGAAAAUAUUAUGGCAUGUGGAACUGUAAGGAGCAACAGAGUCGGUUUACCCAAGACACAAAAAAAAGAUAAGAAUAUGGUAAGAGAUGAGCAUGAAUUUCGUAGUUCGUACAAGGGUCUUGCGUGGCUAAAAUGGAAAGACAAUCGAGUAGUGUCACUUCUAUCGAAUUUUCAUGAUCCUUCAGUUACGAUAGAUGUCAAUCGACGAAUGAAAGAUGGUUCGACAAAAAUUAUAAGCUGUCCUGAAAUGGUAAAGGAAUAUAAUAAGCACAUGGGCUAUGUCGAUAAGGCGGAUAUGUUGAAAUCCUUAUACGAAGUUGAUAGAAAGUCAAAGAAAUGGUGA